AUGGUCUCUCGUUUAGUGAGACAAGCCGAUUCGCCGGUUGCAGUAGCGGAGCCGCGUUUCAUGCCUGGUAUGUCAACGGAAGACAAACUUGACACUAUGCUGCGCACGCGAUUCGAGCAAAUUGUUAAGCACGGCAGAGGCAUACGGUAUCAAUGGAUCUUGUAUCGGAAGGCAGAGGCCGAGGAAAAAAAAAGUUUACCCUACCUGAUGCUUGGUAUUUUUACGACUGUGAGCAUUGUUGGUGGUUUGGCUUUGAAAACAUUAGCUGCGAUUGCCGGUAAAGCGCUUAUCGCCAGUAAGUCUUUAAUUCCAAGGCGGAACCUUUAUGUGGUGAGGCCCGGCGAAGUCGAGCGCGGUAGACCCAUAUCGAUACUACGAGGAAUAGAAUGA